AUGUCGAACCGACAACUUGCCAGAGAUAUGCAGGUGGAGUUUCAGGCGAGGUUCCAAGCCAAGCAAGCCCGGAGAGAGGCGCAGAAGGCCGCAAAGCAGGAUCCUAUCCUGAAGAAGCAGAUUCAGGAUCUCCUGAAGAAAGGCGAAACCGCCAAGGCUUAUCAAAAAGCAAAGAUGUUGCUUUCGAAACAGGCACUUGCGCAGCAGAUGGAUCAGAUGGCGGACAUGGCGGAGCUAUCAGCUGCUCAGAUCCAGGCCAAUAACGCAAUGAAUCGCAUGACCCACAUGAUGGCAAACUCGUCGCGGACAAUGUCUGUUGCGCAGAGGAAUGUCAACCCGGAAAAGACUCUCCUCACGCUUGAGCAGUUUAAACAACAAAACGAGGAAUACGCCAUGUCCAACGGCAUCUAUCAGGAUGCCAUCGCCCAGUCAACAAGUGCUCAGGUCUCGGACGAUGCUGUCCACGAACUUCUAGGAAAGCUUGCCGAUGACGCAGGCGUAGAACUUAGUGCGGAGCUCAAUAGCCCGAAGCCAGUCGUCGCCGAACCGGUUGCAACGGAGCCGACCGCCGAGGAGGAAGAUCAGCUGCAGCAGAGGCUGCGGGCUCUCAGGGCAUAG